UCGACUGGGAUUUCAAACGGCUGACAGCACUGACAGUUAAAAAACUCUCGCCGAUGACACUACAGGAUUUUCAUAAAUAUUUUUUUUGUUUUGUUUUGUUAAUGAGACAGUAGAGACGCAUUAGAAAUUUUAAGUUUUUAAUUUUAAAAAGCAAUGGCCUGGACACAUUAUCAAUUUGCCUUAGCCGUCACCCUAGUUGUUACUGGUUCGAUCAACACUUUAAGCACAAAGUGGGCCGACAAUCUGUCAGCCGCCGGAUCCGAUGGUCAAGUUCGCCAAUUCGAGCAUCCCUUUGUGCAGGCAUGUUUUAUGUUUCUGGGUGAAAUGCUCUGUUUGCUUGCAUUCAAGGCAUUUUACUACUACUAUCGGUCGAAGAGGGAUGGAUCUGAGGAUGUCAAUCAACUGGUCAAAGGCAAUAGAACAUUCAACCCGUUCAUUCUAUUCGUUCCGGCAAUGUGUGAUAUGAUAGCUACAUCGAUUAUGUAUGUAGGACUGAAUCUAACGUACGCGUCCAGUUUCCAAAUGUUCAGAGGUUCCGUCAUUAUAUUUGUCGGUAUUUUAAGCGUAGCUUUCCUGAACCGAACCCUUGUGCCCCGUGAAUGGGCCGGUAUUAUUUUCGUCAUUAUUGGAUUGGGCAUAGUCGGAGCAGCCGAUUUUAUGUCGAACGAUGGUGGUACGGAUCAUUCGAGAAAUAACAUCAUCACCGGUGAUCUACUGAUUAUUUUGGCACAAAUUAUAACUUCGGUGCAGAUGGUGUACGAAGAACGAUAUGUGGCCGGUAUGGAUAUACCGGCGUUGCAAGCAGUCGGAUGGGAAGGUUUCUUCGGUUUCACGACACUGGGUUUAUUGCUAGUUCCAAUGUACUACAUCAAAGUUGGUGCGCCAUUCAAUCACAACGCUCACGGUUCGUUGGAAGAUUUAAUCGAUGCGAUGUAUCAGCUGUCGCACAAUUGGCAAUUGCAAAUGGCCAUCUCCGGCACAGUCAUUUCGAUAGCGUUUUUCAAUUUUGCUGGUAUCAGUGUCACCAAAGAAAUUUCUGCGACAACGCGUAUGGUCUUGGAUUCGGUUAGAACAUUAGUGAUUUGGGUGACAGCAUUGCUGGUAGGAUGGCAACAAUUCCAUUGGCUUCAGAUUAUCGGAUUCAGUGGUCUUCUGUUCGGAAUGUGUCUGUAUAACAAUGUGUUCGUUUAUCAGGCGUACAGUGGCAUACGUCGUGCUUAUAUUCGCCGAAGAUACGGCGAACUUCCGAAUGCCGAUGUGAUCAGUCGUCCAGCCGACGAUCCAACUUCAGACUGAUUUUUUGCUUAAACAUUGUUAUAGAAUUGGUAUGUGAGCGUAAUGGGAAUUUUAUGUCGAAAAAGUGGAACAGAUGAGCAAUUGUAAUAGUCCAGCUGUAUCCGGGGGUGAAAUUUUUAAAUGUUAGUGGCUAAGACUUUAAUCAAUCGACACGGAAGACCUAAUUUCAAAAUUUUAAUCGUUUGUUGCGGAAGCAUCAACUUUUCUAUAUUUUAUUUUUUAUACUCAUUCUUGUUUCGUCGUCGGUAGUUUGAAUAUUGAAUUGGUUGUAACGCGUCGCCGCCGUGUAAAAUGUAUCAAACAACCAAUCAAUUUAUAAUAUGAAAUAUAUGGUCAAAUGUCCUAGAGA